UCGAUACUUCUCUACCUCGCUCUCGGCACGAUGCUUGGCUUCUAGUAGAUCAUCUAACUGGUCCUCGAGUCUCUCCUGGUCUUCAAUGGCUCCAGCCAGCUUAUCCUCGAGCUCAACUUCACGCUGUUGUAGGCGCUUGAAGAUUUCUUCCUUGUCAAGGGCAAGUGCCCGUUCACUCUCGAGAGUCUGUUGAAUGCGCAUCAAUUCCGUAUGUGUGUUGCGCCGCUCAUCUUCCAGUCGCUGGCGGUUCUCGUUCUCCAAUCGCAUCUGUUCGUUCAAUUGUCUGAUUUGUUCAUCCCGACGCUUGACUUCUUGAGCUGUACGAGUAGCGCCCAGAAGUGGCUUCAUCUUAAUAAAAAGUUGCCACCAUGGAUUCUCACAAAGAUCGAGGUAAACAUUAAAGUUGCGUUGAAUAACGCGAGUCGCUUCGGCACGGUACAGUCUUUUGUAAGCAGAGCGGCGCUGGAUAUAACCUCGCGCCACUGACUGAAAACGAGACAUGAUCUCGGCAAUCAGCGCAUCGCGUUGCUCUUCCAAUUCAGCAAGCACACCGGCUCGGAAGAAAACCUUCGUGAGACCGACACGAUACAGCGCCUUGUCUAAUCCCAGCUUACCCAGGAUUAGACUUGCAGCAGCCUGACCCUCAACAUAACCUUUCGGCAUGUCCCGGCAGAGAACUUCGUAUCUCUGUCGGAAUUCAGAGAAUGGAAGUCUAUUGGGAAAACCUGUGCGAGCGAUUCGGAUACCCUCAAGCACACCGUUGCACCUGAGUUGAUCCAAGACUAGAAGAGCGCUGAACUGUUUCGGCCGUUUUUUGUGAUUUGGCAAGAUACAUCGUACGAAAUGUGGGUGAGUUGAGUGUAACUGGACCAUUAAGCUAGACAGCUGUUCCUUGU